CCGUAUUCAAACUCGAACAGCCUCCCGGGCGGCCGUGUAUUCACAGCUCACAACGGUCAUCCCAUCCACUCAUGGUCUUCCUCCCUCUCCUCGUCCCACGACCUCGAGUCCUCCACACCAAAGCGAGCAAACCCCUCGCGUCCUCCUGAUCUAGUCCCCGCCCCUCCGCUCGUGUAUUGAGCCAAUCUCUCUCCGAUGUCAAGCGCCACAGCUGCCGGCGCCUCACCCGCACCGCCAGUUCGUCUGGUUCUGCGGGUUCGCCCACUCCUCACGUCGGAGGCCAGCUCAGCAGCGGCGCCCUGCGUCUCCCUCAUCGACAGCCGUCCCCGCGGCGAGGUCACCGUCCUGCUCAAGGAUCAGUACAGCAGCCGUAGCGGGUGCUACAAGCUGGAUGCGUUCUUCGGCCACGAGGAUCGAGUCUGCGACAUCUUCGACAAGGAAGUCAGCACCGUGAUCCCGGGCAUCUUUGAGGGUGUCAACGCGACAGUAUUUGCUUAUGGGGCCACUGGCAGCGGCAAGACCUACACGAUGCAGGGCAGCGAGGAUCUGCCGGGGCUCAUCCCCUUGUCGGUGUCAACCAUCCUGGCGCGCUGCACGGGCACAUGGUGCUCCGUGGAGAUCUCGUACUAUGAGGUCUACAUGGAACGGUGCUACGACCUGCUUGAGCCCAAGGCAAAGGAGAUCAUGGCCUUGGAUGACAAAGAUGGUAACCUACAGCUCAAGGGCUUGGCUUGGGUCCCUGUCCGAUCAAUGGAAGAAUUUCAGGAGGUCUACUCGAUAGGUGUGCAGAGGAGGAAAGUAGCCCACACAGGUCUGAACGAUGUCUCCAGUAGGAGCCAUGCUGUGCUCUCCAUCAGGGUGAUUAAUGAUAUUGUCAAAGGGAAGCUUAACCUCAUCGACUUGGCUGGUAACGAGGACAACAGAAGGACUUGCAAUGAAGGGAUCCGGCUUCAAGAAAGUGCUAAGAUCAAUUCUUCGCUGUUCGCAUUGUCUAAUGUCAUUUCGGCGCUCAAGAAGAAUGAGCCAUGGAUACCUUACAGAGAGAGUAAAUUGACCCGCAUACUGCAAGAUUCUCUAGGAGGCAAUAGCCUUGCUAUCAUGAUAGCUUGCCUGAAUCCCGUGGAAUACCAGGAGGCAGUCCAGACAGUAAGUCUGGCUGCUCGUUCAGGUCAUAUUGCGACCAACAUGCCUUCUGCAAGCAAGGAGCAAACUCCUAAAGUAAAGGUUGACAUGGAAGCUAAAUUGCAAGUGUGGCUGGAAACAAAGGGGAAAACCAAGAGCACCCAAAGAAUGAAUGGGCUUUUCUCCCCGACUAGAUGCAAGACUCCUUCCAUGAGCCAAAUGAAACAACCAGGAUCUGCCCGUCUUUCUAGUAGGGCUAAAGAAAGGAACCAAGAUGGUGGUAAAAUAAAGAAGGUGCUUUUUGAUUCAGCGGUCUGUACUCCAGCUGAAAACAUACCAAGACUGAGCUCACAAGAUGAAGGAAAUACGAUUAAGAAAGUGGUGCUCCCUUCAUUAUCUCCUUGCGAAGAGGAUAAGUCUGAAUCGCCUCUUAGGAAAGCUCUUUCUCCCAUUUCUACAAACACGGUUUCUCUCAAGCAGCAUACAGCUGAUGAUGCCAAUUGCCUCCCUUCAUUGGAGCCUAAAACUCCAAUAGGAGCAUGUAACAUAGUUGAGAAGAUUCGAGGUGGUACGCCUCUUGAUAAAUUUAAUGCGGUCCAAUCUAACCUGAAGGAAUCACUUAUUGAGCAAUAUCUUGAGUUCUUGAAUGUUGCAAACAAGGAAGAGCUACAGCAGCUCAAGGGUAUUGGUGAAAAGAGAGCAGAGUAUAUUCUUGAGCUCCGGGAGGAUUCACCCAGACCAUUCAAAUAUCUUUCGGACUUGGGAAAUAUAGGUCUAUCAUCAAAACAAAUCCAAGACAUCCUACGCAAAACAGCUACUGGAAUCUUCAAAUGAUCACUGGAAUUGACAGAUGCCUGGAAUCAUUAGAAUGGACUGCUGUAAUCUACCACUUUAGAGAUGCUGGGUCAUGCUAACAGUUGGAUUCUUGUCAGUUGUGUUCGCCAUUGGUGUAGUUGUGCUGUUAUAACUGUCGGGCUGUUGCUGAUGUGGUUGGAGUUGUACUGUUAACUGUCAGUCUGUUGCUGACGCUAAUAUGGAGCAAUGGGUUGCUCCGCUUUGCUGCAGCUUUUCUCUUGUACUCCCUCUGAUCCUAAAUUGUUGUCGAAAUAUUACAUGUAUCUAGACGCUUUUUCAGAAUAGAUACAUCCAUAUUUAGACAAAUUUGAGUCAAGAAUUUAGAAUAGUAACUUUUUUCUGCGAGAUUUUCUCUUGUAAUCUGUUUUCCCGAUGUGAUGACCUACUCUAUAUAUUAUGUGAUGAUCUA